AUGAAGGCAAGCUUCUCCGCUAUCGCUCUGGCUCUCGCCGCCACUUCCACCGCUACCAAGUUCUCUGUCAGCGGUGAUGGCUACAUGCACCUGAACGGCAAGCAAAUUCUGGCUUCCGGCGGUGCUGUCGAGUUCCAAAACAAGGGUAGCGACUUCACCGUCAGUGACGGCUUCUUGAAGACCUCCGAUGGAAAGAAAAUUUACGUCGGCAGCAACGGCGACGUUCUCUAUGGUUCCCAGAGCGGCGACUCGGGCUUCUCCAUCGAGGGUGGCAAGCUCACCUGGUCCCACGGCAGCUUCUACGCCUGUCCUUUGGAUGAGCUCUUCCAGACUAUCAAGCUUGGCGCUGUCCGCAAGGAUGGUCAAACUCCUGGUGAUGAUUGCUCCCCCAUUGUCCUCACUCAAGUCUAA